CUUCCCUGUCUGCGUGUGUCUGCGUGUGUGAGUGCGUGUGUGUUACAGUAGCAGCAACAGGCAUGCUAUUCUCGGCGGUCACCAGUUGAAGGCCACUUAUUCUUCCAGACUUACAGUAGUGUUUUCGUCGUCCGCGUCUCAUCAUGGGAGACUGGAACCCAGCGCAGGCUCGCCGGAGACGGGCGACUUCAGCGGGGCGACGCGGGAGCGCGCAGCCGGCGAACGGGAGGUCCGCGGCGGCCACGCAGAGCCCAGCGGCCGCUGGCACCCGGGCGGAAAACGUCGUUUUGAAUAAUGAGAAAAAACUCGAAUAUUUGCUGGAGACGGUCCGUCCAACGGCGAAGACGGAGAAAAGGAGGCACCGGAACGACUUGAGUGAAUGGAUGAACUGUCACAAAAGACAAGAGUCCCUUCUGAGUUCAUCCAGUGGUUUUAAUAACUAUCGAGGAUUGCUCAACUGGUGUGUGGUAAUGCUGGUGCUGAGCAACGCUCGACUCUUCUUAGAAAACCUCUUAAAGUACGGCGUUCUGGUCGACCCCAUUCAGGUGAUUUCCUUGUUUGUGAACGAUCCCUACAGAUGGCCUGCAGCAUGCCUGGUGAUCGCGUCCAACGUGUUCAUCAUGGUGGCACUCUACACCGAGCGCCAGCUAUCGAAGGGUUCAUUCAGCGAACUGGUGGGAUUUCUGCUCCAUUGCAUUAACAUGGCAAUUAUGCUAACAUUCCCCGCUGCAGUGGUCCUUUUGGUUCCCUCUGUGACCCCAGUCGGCGGCACAUUUGUUCUCGGUGUUUACACUAUUCUCUUCCUGAAGCUCUACUCUUACAAAGAUGUCAACUCUUGGUGCCGGGAGCUGAGCAGCAUCAAGGCCAAGAAACUGGCCCGCUCGCUGUCAUGCCCGUCAACACAGCAGCUUAACAGAGGUGAACCCAAGGUGUGUUACCCUGGAAACCUGACCAUCAGAGAUAUGUACUACUUUGUCUUUGCUCCUACUUUGUGCUACGAGCUCAACUUCCCUCGCUCCCCGAGUAUUCGCAUGAGCUUCCUGUUGAGGAGACUGUUUGAGAUGCUGUUCUUCAUCCAGCUGUUAGUUUUCCUGACUCAACAGUGGAUGAUUCCUGUCAUUCAAAGCUCCAUGAAGCCGCUGGAAGACAUGGAUCUGUCCAGGAUGACUGAAAGACUCCUACGAUUAGCUGUUCCAAAUCACUUGUUGUGGCUGAUGUUCUUCUAUUGGUUCUUCCACUCGUCUAUGAACUUCACAGCUGAGCUGCUGCGCUUCGGGGACAGGCAGUUUUACAACGACUGGUGGAAUUCUGAGACAGUGACAUAUUUCUGGCAGAACUGGAACAUCCCUGUGCACAAGUGGUGUCUGCGUCACUUUUACAAGCCGCUGCUGAGGAGAGGAGUCAGUAAGAUGAUCAGCCAAUCGGCUGUCUUCUUCCUGUCGGCCUUCUUCCACGAGUACCUGGUGAGCGUUCCUCUCAGGAUGUUCAGACUCUGGGCGUUCACGGGCAUGAUGGUGCAGCUUCCGCUGGCCUGGAUUGUUGGCCGCUUCCUGCGCGGUAACUACGGCAACGCCGCGGUGUGGAUCAGCAUCAUCAUCGGUCAGCCGUUCACCGUCCUGAUGUACGUGCACGACUAUUACGUCCUGAACCACGGACAGGAACCCAACUGAUGCUGGGAACUCCUUCUCCGACACGCUUCCCACAUCAGAUGAACAUACAGCGUCUCGUCAGAUUAGAAUGAUUCAAAAGAUCUGAAGUUUUUUGACACGUCUGCCGCCAUGUUUUCAUUCAUGAGUUUUCUUCUCUUUACAAGCACAAACAACCACAUAAAACCACGAGUCUACAGAGCAGCUAACGGACGUAGUCCGGUACGGUAAAAGUCAGUAGGAGCCGAUCGCUUCAGAAGAUAAUAAUAAAUCUCGAACCGCUGCUGUGAUUUAAGGGAGAAAGGUACAUAAUAUUAAUGCUGCAUUUUGCUCAGGUGAUUUUUAUUGUGACGACUUCAUUAAAAAAUCCGACGGCCAGUUUAGCCUGAACUUUGUCUGAAAUUGAAAGAUCUGUUCCUGGAAGGUCAGCAUCAUGUUGGAUUGUUGUUAUCUUUCUGCUUUUAUGUCUUUCGCAUCUUAAAUUGUCCAUGCUGGUAUUUACUGUGGAUGAAUUUUGUUAAAUAUUAAUGUGAUGUAAGUGUGUCGUUGGACGGUACGGUGAAGAUUUAUGACGGACAGUUUAUUGGAGCCACCGGGCUUUUAUUCUGUCUUCUUUUAUUUUGAGUUUCAGCAUCAGGAGAAGAAUUGAAUGUAUGGUUGGGAGGGUUGUAUUUAAUCUGGCAUUUUAUCUCUUACUGUAUCGACUAUAAAGAGGCCAGAAAUGUGUUGGUGUUUGUGUUCUCACCUAAAGUGCCAUUAAAAUAGUGA